AGAAGAACAGAGCUCCUCCCUUCGCUACUCUUCUACUCUACUAUGUACUGAGCCAGUGCCAUUGACUUCGCUACUCUUCUAGGUCUACUCUACUGUCACUGAGCCAGUGCCAUUGACUUCGCUACUCCUCUACUGAGCCAGUGCCUUUUACUUCGCUACGCUUCUACUCUACUGUCAGUGUCACUGAGCCAGCGCUAUUUACUGGUGUUUACUUGUUAGAUGCCGUACAUACUGCAAGCUACCUAGUACUACAUGUAGUAGCAGUACAAUCGUGUAGAUCUACCUGGGAAACUCAAGACAACACUGUCAACAGCAAGCUGAUUUUUUAUUUCUAUUUUUGUACAUCAGAUUCUAUACUGCACGUCUAGUCUUAGCUCAAGGCUUGGACUUGGAGACGACUCCAGUCUCGAUCGGCGAGGUGAUCAACAGUCCGGUCCACGACCAGCGUGUGUGCAAAGGAGACGGACCGUCAUUCUCAAACACCCGCUUGGUAGAUCUACGCCCGAUAAUACACUACAUUGUCCAUGAUUGUACUCAUUCUGUACUGGACUGUAGCGUGGGCUCCUCAAAUCUAGAUUAGAGAAAAGGUGGACUGUUUUCCGUGCAUGUCGGAAGUUAGUUCCGACAAUUCACAUUACGCGGCCGGAGAGGCACCGGCCGGGCGGAAGGACAUUGCCGACUCAGACGCGAGCUACGAACUGAACCGAGAGUCGCUACUCGUUCCCUCUCGUCGAGACGGGAAGCAUGUCGAGUCGUCGGUCAAGGUCGGAUGACCUCCAGUUCACGCCGUUACUACAGUCAGAGAUAUACGAGGCAGCGAUGCCUGCAUCAGCCGCUGCCCGAAACGGACGACCCAGCCCUGGCCGGAUCAGGCCGCUGGGGCGGGAUGCGCUGCGCGAAAUGGUGAUAUCGCACUCCGACGCAUCUUCUCUGCUUCAUGAUUUGGGUGGCACUUUGCAGUCUGGACCUACCACUACCGGUUCCGGCGCUGCACCUGAAGCUCCUCCACCCGCCAGCUCUGCGGAGGAAGAGUUCUUCUUCGAUGAGCCAGGGGAAAUACCAAUGCAAGAUGACUACAUGGAGGAUGAUGGGAUGGACCCUGGAAUUGUGCGUGGAGAUCCGGGACGAGCUGAAGCAGCUGCCUCUCAACCGCCAGCCACACUGUUACGCCGCUAUGUAAACUGUGUUGCAAGUCAGCAGAGUGUGAAGGUACAUGGUGAAGACUGCAACGAAGACUGCGUGGACUGUGAGGGGGCAGGGUCGGAUCUUAGCACUCUAUCCGAGGAGGAGCGCUACAAACGCAUGGCCAUCUUGAAGCCUGAGGAGCUGUCCAGGAUGCUGCACCUUGCCCUCCUCAAACUUUUAAUGGGCAGUUCGGUAGAUCUCUUCUACAAGAAGCCGAGGCACGCUGUGCGUGUAUGCAGCGGUGUUUUGUCCGAGGACGAUAAGAUAGCCACUGCGCAGUGUUUCCUCCACGAGCAUCAUGAACAGCCAUUCACGGACAUGAUGCGAAUCGUCGCUAACUGGAUAUACCCUGAUCCGCAGCAGCAACAGCAGCAGCAGAAGGAGAAGCAAAGUGGCAAGAAAUCAAAGGCAGAGGAUAUCGUGAUCUACCUAAAGAAGUGCAUUGCCAAAAUUACAGUAGAAGCUCUUCUACUCAAUCUGCUCAAGAUGGGUUUUGAUGUGCAGAGCAUUCAGCCGACGGCAAACAAGAACGGUCCAUAUCACUAUGCAGCCAAUGCACGGCUCAAAGAUAUAAUGCAGCUGCUGAUCGAGCACGGCAUUCAGGGCAUCGAGUCACUGGAUGACACCGGCCACAUGCCUGUGGAGAAGAUGCUCAAGAUACUGCUGGAUCCACAGGCUGUGGCUGUAGAUGACAUGCUGGUCGUUGAUCAAAUUGCCUCACUCCUCAUUGACAGUAUGACGGGCAAGGUUGUGCGCAAUUUGUUUCAGGGAGUGUCGUACUGGCGAGAAGUACCGUCAGAUGUUUGUCAUCUUCUCGAUUUGGACGAGCAGGUGUUGGACAAUCACACUCUCCCAGUGUAUAACUUUUACCUGUUGCUGACAAUGAAGGCCGGCAAGGGCAGUUCAGAGCAUAGGGCAAGGGCACCUCAAACCUGCGCAUCCAUUCUCAAGGGCUGCAUGGUGCAAGAUAUGACCGCAAAGACCACGACGUUUGAUCUGUCCAUACUGGAGGCUGACAGUGAAGGACACCAGCCAGCCACAGUUGACUACAACCCGACAAAUACUGUCUUCCAAGAAGUUCUCAAAAACAAGGAUUUGCGAUCGACGGAUCCAGCUCGUGUCCUGCUUCACCUGAAGUGGAAUCUGUACGGCUGGAGCUACGCAAUGGAGCGCGGCAUCCUCUUCUUCCUGCUCGUGCUCACGUACAGCUUUGCGUUCUUUGCUGCGGCUCACGAGCGUGUGUCUGGGUACGAGUCUCCGCAGCACAUGCACGGCAACCCGCUCGAGUAUCGCAGCUCUCUGAGCCACGCGCGUGCUGCGUGCGAAGUCAUCAUUAUCCUGAACGCCUUCUUCAGCCUCUACAUGCACAUCACCAAGGUGAUGCAUGCGUACAUGCUGAGAAACGGAAGGGCCUACUUCCAGCAGCCAAGCAACUGGAGUCAGUGGAUUACCAUAGGAACGGUGUUUACACUGGUCGUGUUACGCAUCACCAACUCAGAUGCCCAGUGGUACUUAGCCUCAGUCUUCUACACAUUCACCGUCCUCAGACUGCUCUUCACUAUCUCAUUCUUCGAGCCGUUUGGCAUCUACAUGCAAAUCAUAGUGAAGAUGAUAGUACGCGAUGUAACCAAGUUCAGUCUGGUGUACAUCAUUAGUAUCUUGGCGGUCACUGGUGGCCUGUAUCUAUCCCUGGUAGCCACUACUACUAACACACUGCCCACAGGAACAGAGCUAGAUGCUGAUCCUGUUCUGCUAGGAACUUACGGACGGAUUUGUUACAGUGGCUUUCGCACACUGGUGGGCAGCGGAAUUAGCCAAAUUAACUACAUCAAAGGUUUCAACUUCUUGUCCGUGGCACUCAUCAUUGCGUUCCUGUACUCGACAUCGCUCUUUCUCAACUCCAUCCUAGUGGCUCAGCUCAGCGAGACGUACCAGGCGGUCGCCAAUGAGGCUCAGAGUACCUUAGAGAGUACUUGGGCAAUGUACAUCCGCCGAUGCGAGAGAAUGGACGGUGUGGAGCUGUUGGAAAACACGUUUGGCAACAGUAGCAUCCUUGUGAUCCUGCUGCGUUUCCGAUGGUUACUGGGAAUUCCCAAACGCCAUCGAGUGAAACGUCUGAGCAAGUGGAAGAACAACUCAACCUUUACAGAUCAGCAAUUGCAGGAAAUGUUGGGCAAUUGGGAAAAGCCAGCCAACAGACUGCUCGAGUGGACGGAGCAAUUGGAAUCGAAGAGCAAGGAUAAGAGAGAUGCGGACCUCUCGAAAAACGUCCGGCUGCAAUUGGAACAGCAGAAGGUAAUGCAGGCACAGCUCACUCUGAUUCUGAGUCACCUGGGUAUUCCAGACACGGCCGCUGCUGCCUCUACAGCUCUUGAGCCCCUUGUACCAACCACCCCACCACCAUCACAACCUUCAGCAGGGGAUGGUCAAAGUUGAGCCUGUGUCAGCCCUCAGCUCUUCCUAAUUCCAUAACAUGCUAGAUUUUGUCGUGAAAUCAAGCGAGAUAUUUGCAACUGCAUUCUGAUCAACAGCAUGAUAGUGCAGAUUGGAUACAGAGCGAGUCCUGGGUUGAUGUCUGCUUUGUUGCAUAGCAAUGUAGGACAUCCACCGCAAUCACAUUCCUAAUGCUCUAUUCCCAUCUAGUGAAACGACACAUUUUGACACAAAUGGAUAGGUUAGAACGUAGCAUAAACUGUGGAUGAACACCAGCAGCAGUCUAACUAUCUCCGUACUGUCGUGCAUGACGGCUAGGCAUUUACGCACUAGAGAAAAGUUGCCAGUACAGCCUAGUGUCACAUUGAAAGGUUUUGUUAAGUUUUGCGAGUGGUUUUUGUGGGUUUUUUAAAUAUAGUUUGUGGUUUUUGUGUUUUUUUUAAAUAUAUAUAUAUUUUAGUACGCAAUCUAUAAUUAUGACAUACAUUGUGUUGUUUAGAUUUGGAAACAGAGUGAUAGGAAUUUAGGAUAUUAGGAAUGCAUAACUUGUACUUCAGUAACUCUAACUAGGCUGGCUUCGAGGCUUUUUUUAAUUCCGUUGCUACUACCCAAUUCUGGAAAGAUGGUAUUAUCUCUACUUGCUAUGGAACAAUGGUAUUUCUCUCUAUCUCUGUCUUCGCUAUGCUGACUUUCAACUUACUGCUUUCUAUGUUUGUAUGCAGUAUACAUGCAGAUAUCCAGGUUCC